CAGAGUUGUCCUGGGAAACAGUAACAACUGUAAGAAAGUCUCACUUCUCAUGUUUCUCUCCGGGGACUGACUGACGAAAAAGAAAGCCCUCACACUUCUCUACUCUGAGAUCCACUGAAGGACUUUUCCGGCCGCGCGCUUCUCACGCUCAAACUUCGGCCAUUAGCAGGAUUAUUAUGCGUCCAAAAGCUGCGUCCUUUGCUUAAGUGUCCAGGGACAUGAAACUCAAUCCACAGCAAGCUCCAUUGUAUGGGCAGUGUGUUGUCACGGUGCAGCUCGCUGAUGAAGAGCUGGCUGCGGAUGAGGAGGGCGUGGACUACUUCCUUCUGUUUGCUGGCAGCACACAAAGGCACCUGACCAGCACCCAAAGGAGCAGUCAUGACACCUUGCAGGCGGUGUGUCCUGCCCAUGACUGCUGUGAGGGGGUGCUGGUCACCUUGUGCUCUCUCACCCGAGUUGUUCCCGAGGCCCCGAAUAAAGACCUAAGCAUGGGUAGCGUGUCUCCACUGGGCGAGCAACGAUUCAGCUUCGUCCAGGAUUUGGCUUUUGACAUGGCCCAGUUUCUGGUGAGCACGGCGGGUCGGGCCGACGCCCUAGAUGGGGCGCUGCUGCUGGAUGAGUGUCAGAUUCCUCUGCGGGAGUGUGAACGUCUGGAUGAGAGCCUGGCGCUGGCCCUCCAGCAUCUCGCACUGCCUCUGGGAUGGACCUUACUGGGAAACAAACCAACCAACAGCACUGAACUGAAUCCUCAGGAGACUCUGCUGCACUUCUCCGCUCGUCGAGGUCUAUUCCGGGUUACACACUUCUUGCUGCAGCAGCCUGGAGCUACAGAAGCCCUGCGAUUGGCCAACAGACAGGGCCACACCCCAUCCGCCGUUGCUGCUUUGCGAGGACACGGACGUCUCCAUGAGCUUUUAACAAAGGCUAACACGGACACAGAGAAAGGGGCUGACGGUGUCCACCAGGUCUCUACAGAUGCCCGGGUAAUUUGUCACCUCCCCAGGCUGAACACACAUACUCUGACACUGAGAAACCACCCUGGCCGCGAACCUCCGACCCUUCAGAAGAGUGUGGAGCAGCUGCUGCACCUGAUAUGCCAUCUCCAUGCCAAGGGAGUUUCUGUACUGGAGCUGCAGUUCGAUUGUCUGCACACAGCUGCCGAUUGUUGUGAUGGCAUAGAAACAGAGAGAACCUGCGUGGAGCAACUACAGCAGGCUGCCACAGCAUCGGAGUGUUUGGAUACAAAAACUGAAGGCAGCUGGGUAGAAAACUGCCCAGUGGAAAGCAGCGGGACUGAUUCAGGACACAGUGAGACUGGAAAGGCAGAGAAAGACAGGAGGUUGUCUGCGAGUACUCCAACAUCAGAUGUACGCCCUGCGGACCAUGGCCUUCGCUCCCCAGAGGAGCGGGUGUGUUUUAGUUCAAACAUUGGGAGAGAUUACUGCCAAGCAGAGGAGGAGGGAAGAGAGCGGCCUGUUGUUUCCACCCAAAGUUUGAGUUUGUGUCACAGGAGUGAAGGAGCUCAGAGUGAGGUAGAAAGGGCAAAUCUCACUGUGGGAAUCCUACCACCAGCAGGCUGUGGUAAACAGGCAGAGGAAACUGAUAGAGGAGAGGCUGGGAUCCGGGAAGGACAGGAGGCCACAAAGGGAGAGGACAGAUCUGAGCAGGAAGAGAAGCACAGCACAGCCAGGAGGAAGGAGGAGGAGACCAACUCAGAGUCAACCGAUCCAAUAACGCCCGGUGGAGACGAGAAAGCUUUAGUCAUGGGCCAGAUUCCGUCGUUAGAGGGCUCAGACGUUUCUGACAACUCUGAUUCUGAAACGAAAGACUGCGCUCAGGAAGAGGUGACUGUCGGGACAGAAGACAUGAAACUGAGUGAGGAACUCUGUGAUGGACUCUCUUUAGACGAGGAGAAGAUGGAGAAUAAAGGGUUAACAGACCCGGUAUCAGCCUCAAGGGACCUCCCCAAUCCAUCACUGAUAGACAGCGGUGAUGUAAGCGAGGAGCCUGAAUCUGCUUUUUCACGUCUCGUGAUAGAAAGCCUCCACAAGGGGGAACCUCCACCAGACAUAAACAGCCUGGAACAAAACCAGGAAACAGCUGGGAGGGAUUACGCUACAGAGCAGCAGCAGGGCUUGGCUCCAGACACCAAUUCUGAGAAUUGUACUGGAACAGCAAAUGGUAAAGAGCUGGAUGGUCAGGAUGUAGCUGAAACUUCUGUACAAAGUAUCAAAAACUCAUCUUUGCCUUUGGAUGAAUCUGACAACACAGCAGAUGGUCAGACCGCCGGGAACUCCACAGAAGAUACACAGAUUGACCAAGUUGACUGCAUGGCCCGCAGCCUCUCCAGUGAUGACGAUGGCAGUUUCCGGUCAGUCGGAAGCUCCACAACGGAAAUCUUCCACCCCACUCAAGACGGUGCCACAGCAGAGGAGCAGGACUUGGUUCAAAGCAAGAUAUCAGAACUGUCGUCAGCAGGAUCCAUGAUGGAGGAAUCAAAUGAUAUGAAUCAGAGUGAAAGCGAUCCACCCACUGUGGAUGCAGGGCUCCUCUCGGAGCAGGACGCUGACGGGGCAGCGACAUUGACCAACUGCAACCAGACUGGCACCGAGCCUGAAUCACAACUGCCACCCAGCCCUCAGACAAUGGAGCCUUUGAACCCGGAGGGGACAGGAGAGGAACUUGUCCCAGAACUUUCCAAAGAGGAUCUGUCAUUGGGUCCCGUGUUGUCAGAGAGUGAGGACUCCGGAGAGGCUAACUGCUCUGACCUGAAUGCAGAGAUGGAGCAUUCAGCACCGGAGGUCACCUGUACGGUCCUAAGUGAACCAUGUCAGUCGGUUGCAGAAAAGAUCGAAGUGAAUGUCCCAGUUGGAGGUGAUCCUCAGUCAACAGAGACCAGUGAUAAAUCCCCGGUGGCCUCAGGAGAGGAGAAUGGGCAUUUGCAAUCUGUGCCAGAGCAACAGAAACAGGAUGGUUUAGAGAAGACAACAGAAGAAACGUCACCUGACGAGGGAUUAACUCAUGCAGAGAAUGAGAUCAGUGUCCCUUCAUCACAAAGUAUCACUCUGCUUUCAGACUGUACAGAAGCAGAACCACGUUCUCCAAACAAUGAAACAGCCGGUGAACCUGUUGUUGAGAAUGAUUUGAAUGGAAAUCCAAAGACGUCUGAUGCAGUGGAUGGAGCCUCAGAAAGCCACAGCAGUGCAACCCAAGAGGAAGAUGUCAUCAAGUCUGAAGACACUGUAAUUGCUGCAGGGGAGGAAGAAAAUGACACAGCAGAGGAAACAGACUUCUCCACGAUCCACCGAGAUAGAGAGGCGUCGUUCAAUCAGCCCUGCAACACUCAGCACUCAGGAUCCUCACAGUCAUCAGCGUUUCCCAGUUUGCCCAGUAGGACCGGCAGCACCACCAGUUGUCCCUCCACAGCUCACAGAGACUCUGGCAGCGACAUAGAGAGCUUCCUGAACGUAGAGCCCGGAUAUGACAGCGUCUUCAGAAAGAAUGACGAACCAGUGACAGGAGGAGACAGUGCCAGCGAGGUGUCCAUCUCCUGUUCCUCCACAGACGACACCGCCAGUGUCGGCCCGUCCAGCUCCAGUCCUGAGGGCAGCCAGCACCUGGGCUGCAACUGGAGCCCAGAGGAGGGCGUACGGACAGGGGCUACCUCUGCAGGUCCGGACGGAGGUGGAGGAGCGGGAGAAGCUGAAGAAGAGGCCAAAGACAGAGUGACAGAGGUGCCGCGGCGCUCUUGUCUCCUCCGGAACAGCAUCCGCUCCCUGUCGCCUCUUCGCCGCCACAGCUGGGGUCCCGGAAAGAACAACAGGGGGGACGGCGAGAUGAACCAACGGAGUUCCAUCCGUAGCCCUGGUGAGGGGAAGCCGACCUUUCACAGGAGAAGCAUCAGCUGGUGCCCUCCCGAUGUUCCUCACAGUCACGGUGUGGAAGUAGUUAGAUCCCCCAGCUACAGCUUGGAGGGGCUCAGUGGGGUGCAAGAAGAACUGAGGGGCCCCACCCCCCAGGGGCCCCGAAUCCUGGAGCCAUUAAGGAUCCCCCGACAAGACAGCGACGACAGGGGCUCACUGGUUUCUCUGACAGAGGAGCAGGAGGAGCUGGGGGAGCAUGAAAGACUACAAGAGGCGAAAUCGAGGCGAUAUCGGCCUCUGCGAAAUAGCUGUUCUGCCAUGACCCUGCCCCUCACCAAGUCUGUAUCCAUGCUCGCCAUCAGCCAGAGAGACAUCGAUGCGGUGGGACGCCUGAGACAUAAGAGGCGAAUUUCCUUCUCUUUCAACCUUUCCCCAAUCCUCAACAAAUCUAAGUCUCAUUUCAUUUACGGGGAUUCUUCAUCUAGUGAGGAUGAGGAUAACUUAAGUAUGAGGUCGUUUUCCAGCACCUCUGGGUCACUAGCAUACAGUAUAUCAGAGGAAGAGCCUGGGCCUCUGCGGAGUGACACUGACGGAAAGAGUGUGACGAAAGUCAGCCGGACUUUCAGCUACCUCAAGAACAAGAUGUACAAAAAGACCAGGGAGAAGGAGCGAGAUAAGAGGGAGAAAGACAAAGAAGGCAAAGAGAAGGACAAGAAGACAGUGAACGGUCACCUGUUCACUGCAGUCGGCUCGGGCCACGCGGCCCAGUGUUCCCAGUGCAGCAAAGCUAUCACCAGCAAAGAGGCGUUCCAUUGCACACACUGUAAUGCUUCCGUCCACAAGGGCUGCAGGGACAGCCUGCCUGUUUGUGCCAAGGUGAAGAUGAAGUUGCCCAAGCAGCAGUUUUCUGUCCCAGAUUCAAGCUCCUUUUCUACAGUCACCAUGAGGAACAAAUCUGGCGGGCCAAGGGAGCGCCCCUGGUCGGCCAUCUUGUCCCCUGAAGAUCACUCGUCUCUGAUUAUCCCAUCGUCUCGGAGAACCACCAGCAUCAUGAAUUUCCACAGCAACAACCUGUCCAAGAGUUUGUCCAUAAGCAACAUCGCUGGUCCGGUGUUUGAUGAGAUGCCCAUUAAAGGUCUGCGGUAUCUCUCUCAGUCCACUGACUCCCUCAACAGAACCAACCAGGUCACAGAGUCCAUGGAAUCACUCACUGAUGAAGGGACGGAGAUGAUGGAUGGGCAGCUAUUGGGGGAGUUUGAGGCCGAGGCAAAGGAGCUAGAAGCUGAUUCGUGGAGUUUGGGCGUGGACCAGCAGUACAUGCAGCUGCUGGACAAAGAGCUGGUGAAGAGACAAGAUGUCAUCUACGAGCUGAUGCAGACGGAGAUGCAUCACAUCCGGACGUUGCGCAUUAUGUCAGAAGUGUACAGUAAAGGCCUUCAGAAGGAGGCGCAGCUGGAGCUCCAGACAGUGGAGAAGCUGUUCCCUGCUCUAGACGAACUCCUGGAGCUCCACACGCAGCACCUCCUGCGCCUCCUGGAGAGGAAGAGAGAGUGUCAGCUAGAAGGUGGAAGCUUGGAUGGAGGAUUCAUCAUCAACAGGAUAGGAGACAUCCUGGUCAGCCAGUUCUCUGGCUCCAGCGGGGAUAGUAUGAGGAGGAUUUACGGAAGAUUCUGCAGUCGCCACAACGAAGCAGUCAACUUGUACAAGGACCUGCUGACCAAAGACAAACGCUUCAAAGCCUUCAUUAAAAAAAAGAUGAGCAGCAGCAUCGUGCGGAGGCUUGGUAUCCCAGAAUGCAUCCUGCUUGUGACCCAGAGGAUAACAAAGUACCCGGUGUUGAUUCAGAGAAUGCUACAGCACACUAGAGAGGGUGAGGAAGAGUACGAGGACCUGACGGAUGCUGUGCGCAUGGUGAAGGAGGUGAUCGCAGCGGUGGACAGCAAGGUGAACGAGCACGAGAAAAGGCGGCGUCUGAAGGAUUUCCAUGGUCGCAUGGACAGCAAAUCCAUCAUGAUGACGAAGAGCGGUCAGAUCUUCGCGAGGGAGGAUCUGCUGAGGAGGAGGCUGAUCCACGACGGAGUUCUGCAGCUGAAGAACAGCCAGGGAAGGUUAAAGGAUGUUCACGCUCUACUCCUGUCAGACUUCUUUGUCUUCCUCCAAGAAAAAGACCAAAAAUAUGUCUUCGCCAUGCUGGACCAGCGCUCCACGGUCAUCUCCCUCCAGAAGCUGAUCAUCAGGGAGGUCGCUAACGAAGAGCGCGGCCUGUUCCUCAUCACGACGGGCAUCGAGAAGCCUGAGAUGAUGGAGGUCCUGGCCAGCUCGAAAGAAGAACGCAACACCUGGAUGCAGCUGAUCCAGGACGCCAUGCAGUCCAUGGACAGAGAUGAGGAUGAAGGGAUUCCCAGUGAGACAGAAGAUGACAAGAGACAACUAGAGACUAAAGCCAAGGAGAUGAGAGAUCUGCUGAGGCAGAAAGACACAGAGAUCAUGUCCCUGUUGGAAGAGAAGGUGCGGCUCUUCAGGGGCAUGUGGGAGGGAUUGACUCCAGCCACAGACGCUUGCCAGCAGGUCAAGCUUUUCUUCAGAUCAGCCUGCAGCCUGGAGCCCCCCAGGGGGGCGUCUAUCAUGAAGGAUGCCCUGCAGGAAGUGGAGACGUUACAGGCACUGGUGAACGGCAGCCUGGGCGGAGCGAUGGCCAGUGUCCAGGAAGGAGGAGGGGUGGGGCCGGUGUGUCUGCCGCGUCGCGCCGAGACUUUCGGAGGCUUCGACAGUCACCAGAUGCACAGCAGCAAGAGUGGAGACAGAGACGAGGGCGAGGAUACGGCGGGAGAUCUGCGCAGGACGGAGUCUGACAGCGUUUUAAAGAAGGGAGGAAAUGCCAACCUGCUGCUGCUGCUGAAGAGGAACAGUGAGGUAACACUGACUUCCUGCCCCUCUAAUUCAAUCAGAGCUUCUAUUUACAUGCAGGUCCUUCACAGUGUCUCCAAUCUGCAUCUGCUGCUCAGCGCUCUGCAGGCGGUGGUGGUCCAGCAGGACAGCUUCAUAGAGGACCAGCGGCAGGCCCUGAGCGAGCGCUCCUCCUCCUGCACGUCUUUGUCGCGGGCAUCCUCGCGGCCCAGCUCCCUGAUUGAGCAGGAGAAGCAGCGCAGCCUGGAGAAGCAGCGGCAGGAGGUGGCGUCCCUUCAGAGACAGCAGGCAGCUCAUGCUGAGGAGAAGAGGAGGAGGGAGAAGGAGUGGGACAUCAGAGAACAGCAGCUGAAUGAAAAAGAGGUGCUGGUGCACAUACAGGAGGAGGAGGUACAGAAGCAGCACAAGAAGGUGGAGGACGAGAGGCGGGAGCUGCAGAGAAAGAAGGAGGAGUACCAGAAAGACCUGGAGAGGCUGAGGGACGCACAGAGGAAGCUGGAGAGGGACAGGGAGGCCGUGCAGCGGCAGUUCGACAAGAUGGAGGAGCACCGUCUGGCUGAGAGGACUCCCUCUACGACGUCUGAUGAAUCCCAGUUCCCCAGCAGCUCCCAGUCUCUGGAGGCGGACCCACUGGAGCUCUUCUCCUCCUCCUCCUGCUCCCUGCCCAGGCUGCAGCCCCAGCAGUCCAAGCCCAAAGGAAAGGGCCUCAAUCCCUUCACCUUAUCCUCCACCAACUCCAACCUCAAGGGCGACAACCAGAUCUCGAAGAGCCUUCUGCAGCUGGCCAAGAGCAAGAGCAAAGAGGGGAAGGAGAAGAAGAAGAAGAAGGGCAAAGGAGGGAGUGCACAGACGGCAGACGACCAGCACCGCCCCGAGCCUCCUCUUGAUGGAGAGAUCUUCUUCUGCUGAGAGAAACGGUACCUCCUCAUCAUCAUCAUCAUCACCAUCAACCCAUCAUGCCAUUCUGACAUCCAGAGGAACAUGUCCUUGCUAAGUAGUAGCACACGAUGCUGCAGUGUACUACCAGACUUUUCAGCACCUUUCAAUUUUCAUUGAAAAGACUCAUUGUUCACUUCUCUUAAUUAGAUCAUAUAACAGAUUAACGUCACAUGCAAAGGUUUUUAAAACAAACACAGCGUUUUUUAGUUUCUGGAAAGAAGCAUAUUUUUGGGGAUUCUGUUAUCGUAUGCAAAUAGGCCCACAUACACUCACAGCUUAUUAAAAUAGGAACCAUGGAUUAGCUGUGCACAUUUAGAUAGUCUUUGUCCAAAAACCCUGUUUCCUUUUCCAAAGAAGUCAUUAUGAUUUCUUCUUUUUGAAGAAAAAUAUGCUUUUGUGACAACUCACAGUGAAAAUGUCUCACAGUGGGUUGCCUCAGCAUCUCCACCAACUAUCCUGACUGCCUUGUCAUGGUUCUCACGCCCUCAGCCUUCUUUCAGCAGUCCGUCCUGGCAUCAACACCAAAUCGCUGUUGAUAUAAGUUUAAGAAUCAUGGGGAUUUAACCUCUGAGAAACAGACACAUCCAAGUGCAAGUUGAAACAGAUGAAUGUAAACGUCGCAGUGGAAACGCCUCUCUCCUGAUCACCUUCAUUAAUCAUAGAGGGCUGAAACCACAUCUGCCGAAACUUUGUGUCCUAGCAACAGUUCCCCAUGUUUGUUCCAGUGAUUCUUUCCAAAGUGCUUCUGUAUAAAUCCACACUGAAAGAAAAAUGGAGCCUGACAUUCCUUUACACGCAAUUUGAAAAGCAGAUGUGAUUACUGGCUCUAACUUUGUCUCCAGUUUUCUAAGCGCUGAUAACUUCAGCACUCCUUGACAAUGAUUUGAUGCCAUCAAUCACGAUCCUCUAUGAGGUUUUAAUUUAUUCAAAUCGUGGAUAUCUCCAUUCUGGAGUGAAACCCUUCAGAUGUUCGUGUCUGUUUUUCCCAGACUUAACACCAAUGAAAGGAUUGAGCCAUAUCUGCCUGUGUCUAAUGGCUCAAUUCAUAUCUGUUAGUGUGUUGUAGAGCCUUGGACGGAUAUUAGCUUGAUCCUCGCUUUAUCUGCUUGUCAAUGGGCUUUUAUGCAGCCCUCAUCUUUCAUCUGAGCGCCGACAAGUGCAGGGUUUUCUUCAUGUUUUUUAAUUGCAUGUGACUGCAGGUAGCAUACUGAUGGCCUCUCUCUGUUAAAUAGUUUAACUUUCUCUUUCAAUAGACUGGCUAGACGCACACGUCAGAUAGUUUUAGGAAGUGGAGGAUGCAGCUGGUUAGUGAAAAAGAGAAGGGACAUUAUCUAAAACCACCAGAAUAUGGUACCUGUUCCUGUUCUAUGACGAAAAUCAUUUCAAAUGAGUCAACACACAUCAGUGUUGUUAAGCACUUUGGUCCUAACAUGUUGAUGUAUUUAAUCAGUAUGAAAGAUCUGCAUUGUAUACUACGGAGUAUAAUAGAGCGCUCUGACGCUCAUGAAAAGCAAAAAUGAUCCAAAGCAAGAAAAUUUGUUAAAAUACAUUAAGGAUGAUGCAGUUAGUGUAGAAUUUUAAAAGGGGCUUGUAGCUUUUAUGCUAUUUUUCUAAGGUGACCUGUCUGACCUGUUAAACAUUUGAAGCCCCACUGAGCCCGGAGUGGGCCACACAACUACCUGCUGGACAGGUAGCAAAUAAAAACUGAACAUGAUGGGGGAAAAAAACGACUCUUUCCGUUGAAUUACAGAGCAGCGUCAAUGAUCUGCUUCUUUACUGCCUCUUUUGUCUCAUGUUUAAGUGCUGAUUGUUAACUCGCUGUCCGUGCUGAGGAUUUGACUUCACGUCCAGGCAGUUUAUUAUAGUGUGUCUUCUAAGAGGCUUACAGGGCCAGCCAAUUAGUUGCUUCAUGUCUUUUGUUUAUGGCUUUGGUGUAAUCCUUCCAAAGAAACAGAGAGGAAUGGGCUUCUCUUUUCCUCUGUUGCUUUAGGUGUCAUUUGACCACUAGGGAGCACUGCACCUUUGACUAAAUGAGACCCGUCUCUUACACAACAAUAACAACUAAAAGUGUGGUUUUUUAAAUUCUUUUUCCUUUUUUUAAAUAUUCUCCCUACUAUGCAAAAUUGACAUAUUUUUCUCAGCCGGUCAUUGCCAUACAGAGAUAAUGUGAUGAGCGUGGGUUCUCACAUUCUGACAUUUUCCCCACGGCAUUUAUAAUUGACUGCAGAAACAAAUAAGUUGUCAGAGAUUGUAAUUGGUUAUUCAGUGAAACCAGUCAGCAGCAGCUUUAAUGUGUGGGGGAAGCUCUAACGGUUGGAGGGAGCGACCGGGCAGAACCACAAACCUCUCUCUGUAAGGGACAAUCAGCAGACGCGAGUCAGGAAAAUGAACUCCUUCCCCGAUGAUGAUAGGCCUGUCCAUGAGAUGAGUGUGUCCAUCAGGUGAACCCUGCGUAGCCUUAAAUCUUAACAAUAAAAUGCACUAGAGUAGAAACUAGCAUCUUCUCAGGAAAGAGAGGAGAGCUUUUAUACCUCGGCUUUGAAACGAAGGAAAUGUUUGUACUAUAAAAAUAAAAUGGUACACAACUGUUUUAUUCUCAACAUUGUAAAAAAAAAAAAAGGGCAAAUGUGUAAAUAUGAUUUCUGUAUAAAACAAAUCAAAUGUAAAAAAAAUUGAAUUGUUCCAUUUGUGAUUUAAUGCAACAUUUUGUAAGAAUGUUUUAUUUAUGUUUUAUUCUCACCCUUUGGGUGAUAAACAAUGUAAAGUCACAUUUCACUCAUAAUAAAAAAAUAAUAAUGAACAUUUUAAA